CUGCCCCUGCUGCAGGCCUGACACGGAGAGAAGGUCUUCCUGAACCCCAGAGAUGAAAGGCCUUCUCACGCUGGCUUGGUUCCUGGCUUGUAGAUGACUCCAAAAGGUAGGCGUUUGCUUUCGUGUCCCCCCUCCCCCCCGCAAAUUUGCACACACGGAAGCUGAGGCUUGGAGAGAUGAAGUGACGCACUCAACAUCACGCUGCGAGCGGCAGAGGCAGGAGUGGAACUCACGUUUCCCCUUCUCCAAGUCCGGACUUUUAGCUCUAGUACUUGACCUCCCCUUUCCUGUUCCUGUCUCACUAACAGGGAGAAGGAGAAGGAGAUGCCUGGGUGUGCCUGCUGUGCCAGGGGGCUUGCUGGACCUCAAGUCCAUGAUUGAGAAGGUGACCGGAAAGACCGCCCUUACGAACUACGGCUUCUACGGCUGUUACUGUGGUUGGGGCGGUCGGGGGACCCCCAAGGACGGCACCGAUUGGUGCUGCUGGGUGCAUGAUCACUGCUACGGGCGGCUGGAGGAGAAAGGCUGCCACAUCCGGACACAGUCAUACAAAUACAGAUUUGCACGGGGACUGGUCACCUGCGAGCUCGGGCCCCUCUGCCAAGUGCAGCUCUGUGCCUGUGACCGGAAGCUCGUCUACUGCCUGAAGAGGAAUCUGAGGAGCUAUAAUCCUCGUUACCGAUACUUUCCCAACAUCCUCUGCUUCUAGUGGCCCUCAGUGAGCUCCUUGCUCCCUUCUCCUCCCACACGGAGCUCACCGACUCCCCUGGGUUCCCGAGAGAGGCUCGCAGUCCUGGACCUCUUUCUCUCUCCAUGGUCCACGGGGCUUGGCGGAGCCCCAUGGCCACACUCCACGCUCCAGAGAGUCCCAGGAGAAUGACUCUGGUCCCAGGACCCCGCAAGGUCCACUUGUGAGGUGGGCUCGCCCCAAGCUCCAGGCCGGCUGUCUUCCUGCUUGCCCUGAAGACAGCGCCCCUUCUCCAGGAAGACACAUUUACUUUGCAGUUUCUGUAGUCGGACUAUCACUACCACCCUCUAGAGAAUUUUUACUCAAGGUAGAAGCAAAAUUGACCCCCUAAUUCUGCCAUAGAGAUGUUUGAAAACAUUAUUCUUUACAAAGAUUUUUUAAUGUUUGUUUAUUGGUGGGGGGGGGAGAGAGAGAGAGAGAGAG